AAGGAAGCGAUUUUGUUUUGCAUUUAUAUGCCUCAUUCUCAUUUCCACCACUCUGUGAUCAUAGGUCAAUUCAAAAAAAGGAAAAUGAAAAUCUGACAGUAGGAGGAAUAGAAUUAGAAUUGGUAUUCAAUAGUGCUAAACCGGGAACCUACCAAGAAGAUGCAGGCAGAGAUAUUAAUAUGUCUCACAAAUCUAGAAAUAACAGAUGUAAAACUCAAGGUAAAUUUACCACGAAUCCUACACAGUAUAUGCAAUUUAAGAAUCUGAUUAAAUAUAUGCCCAUCAUAGAAGGUGAAAAUAUAGUUAUAAUUAAUAGGAAUACACAAGAUACAAAGGUAGUAUUUGACUAUGAAGAG